GAAGACCGCGAGUUACUAUUGUUGCGUCACUGUACUAGGUUUGGUGUCCUAUUGGUUUGUUGAUAUUCUUCCGUUACCUGAGUAUUUUAAUUAUACUUCUCAGCUUUUAGUAACAGUGGGACUCAUUAAGUUUACUUGCAAAUUUUCUCAAUCUCUAAUAGUUCAGCUUAUUUGUAUAAAUUGGUUUCCCUGUGUAGACGAAAUUGAGACAAUUGUGUGACGAACCCUGGCCGACCAUUGGCGAUAACUACAUUGUCCGGUCUUGUGGUAGAUAGCUUUGAGUCUCUGUAACUAACGAUUUCCUUGGAAGAAUAAGUUACCUCAGGCCCAGUGACAUUGUCAGCCAUAUCCUAAUUCAGUAUACUUUGAAAGUAAACUUCUUCGGCAUAUCGCUGUGCGGCUUAUUUAGCCCCAGCUAAUCCGCAAUGUACUGAACGUCUAAUUUUCCUCAUGUAUGAUUCAAAAGGAAAGGCAGAGAACGACUCUAAACUUCCAUGUUCUAUAACGUUUAUUAUUUAUUUGGACACAUAAAUAUUGCGACAAGAGGGCACCAAAUAUAUAUGCGCCACACACAUGUUUUUGUGUGCGGGCUAAGAUACUGCCCGGGUGCCCAGACCGAAGCAGAUUCUACAACGUGCUUUAAACUAUGCACAUUGUAGAUUAAUUGGUUGUUACCGUAACACUUUUCGUAACCUAAUAAGAAGUUGUUAAGAUAUACCCGAACACUGUUUGCUAAUGUGGUGUACAACUUAGGGUGCGAUAAUAAAUAUAUUGACAAGGAGAGUAUAUAUAUGCUCAAAAACGGUUCGAAAUUAGGACUAGCAGUUAGUAUUUGUAAUUAUGUUUUUCACCACAAUCUAACAACCAUACAUUUUACCUUCACUGGUUAUAAAAAGCCACAUCAGGUCCAUAUCUACGUUUAAAACACUGAACUUCUUGGUUAAUCUAGCAUUGUAUAAAAGGUUCACAGUUCUUGUGAUCUGUUUUAAUCACGUUCCUUUAAAUGUUUUUUACUCACUGUUGGCUUCGCCCUGUAUUCAUUACAAGGGAAGGAUAUAAAACGUCAUAAUCAGUUUGAUAUCUAGGCAAAUGGAAUUAAUACCCAUAAGUUUAAUAGUCCUAGAAACUUUUGCAACCGCCGUACUACAAUAAGCGAUGAUUUUCAACUCCUAGCUCCAUAGGGGGCAAUUCAGUUGUACAGUGUUUUUUUACUAACUCAUUGAUCAGCAUGCAUCAUAGUACAGACAAUUAUAUGAUAAACUCCUACCGUAAUGCAUACUCUGCCCAUAGUGCUUAGCAUUUGGAAUUAAAUAUUGUUAAAUACUUUCGAAAUUCAAGGGAAUGUUAAUGUAGUGACCCAUAUACUAUCUCUGGAGUUGUUAUAAAGUGAUAACACUGAAGUCCACAAACUUGUAUGGUGUAAUAUACCCUGGUACGGCCAAAGGUGAGCAGAGUCCACCCCCCUCAAAAUGCUCUCAUAUGGCCGCGCGUGUGCAGCUACUGCUAGGGAAGUCCUACUCACUGCCUUCUCGCGGCAGGGUUGUUGUUUGCGAAGUUGGGAGUACAAGAAGUGAAUGUCCGGCACUUUAAUCUGGUUGGCUCACCUAGGGAGGUUGUAAACCCUGAUUGCAAACCAAUGAUGCACAUGGGUUCCUGGGUCCUGAGGAAACAAAUGGCGUACGAACCUAUUGUUGGUCACCAACUACCAUGUGACUGAAUCUCCUUAUGUUGCUCCACCGCUUUGUGGACUAGACCUCUAGGUCAAAAGCUUGAGGAGUGGCCUAAAAGAACCAUGUUCUUCGGUUUGGGUGCUCGGGUAGUAUUCUAGACCCCACACAAAUCGAAUGGUGUGGCACAUAUCUAUUUGGUGCCUCCUUGUACAAUGUUUGUGUGCCUAAUCACAAGAUUAAUCAUCUGCACCUCCAAGUGUUAAAUAUAAGACCCUCCAGUUUUGCACACCACGCACAAAAGUUCGCUUAGCUCGUAUCGUUUAGUACUAUUUCUCGCCUACGUGGAUUAUUCUAGAUUUUGGAGAGACUUAUUGAUCUAUUACUUUUGAGUCAUUAUCCACACAUACAUUUGGUCUUGCUAGUUAUUCUUCUAUAACCCUGAUUGUCUUUAUGUAUGGGCGUAUGUGUGCUUGUGUUUAUCACUUACUCUUCGUCACAUCAGCUUGUUUUUCUGUGUGGAUAUAAAUCUUGAGCUAUGUCUGACGAAAUUGACUUGGUACGUCUGUUAUCUCCGAUCCGCUUCGUUAAUGGAUGUAUGGAAUAUAUGUAUCCAGAAAUAUAGUAUCUGACUUAUUUUUUUCCACUACUUACCAAUGUGAAGUAAGUCGAUGAAUAUUUAUUAGAUUAAGUGGGAUAUAUGUUUUGUUAUCAUCAUUAUCAACCGUUCAUAUGGAGCCAGAUCAAAGCCUCAAUAAGUCCUUUUCAUUGUAUUUCUGUUUGUGACAAAAUGACUGCUUACAAGAGAUUACUCAGGUUUCACUUUGUAUAGUUAUCAAUAACACAGUGUCAUAUAAACCAAAUAAAGUCCAAAAACUGAGAAUAUCAAAAUGUAUCAGAUUGUCUGAUCUUUUAGGAGAUAGUAUUUAUGCGUUUUCUUUCAUUUAAUGGACAGAAAAUAUAAUACAACUGAUACGAAAUGUGACUUUCCUCUAACAAACUCACCACAAGAUAGUUGUUAGUUCCUAAGAAAAUUGCUAGUCAAUAAAACUGCGGUGUUACUUCAUUUUUAUAUUUCCAUGAAAUCGUUUUCGAAAUCUCGUGUAUGAUUUUGCAAUAUUGAUUUUUUGCAUACAAGAGAGAAACCAAUUAGAUCCACUAGUUCACACUAUUAGGUAAGAAUAAUAAUCAAUUCUGUUUUGGUAUGUCAACUAGGCUAAUUGAUUUAAAACCAUAAUGCACUUUAUUUUGAUGCUACAUUAUCAGAGAACCUCCAAUCGCUUCCAAGAAUCUCCAAUGUUCAAUGGAGAACGAAUAAAUUCAUUUAAAGAAUCAUAACUAAUUAUUUGAAUAGUACCAUGUUAGCUUAUAUUCAAACAAAUAUACAAGCAUACCAUUUUUUACCCGUCUGGUUUUAUACUAGAUUUGAUGUCAAUAAUGUAUUUUAAGUCUGAAAGUACAGCAACAUAUAGUACCAGCUCAAUGCUUUAAGCUGUACUUUGUAAUUAAUUUUGCCAAAUUCCAAAUAGAAAUUAAAUCGUUACUUUUAAAAACCAGGGAUCGAUUGGUGUAAUUGUUCCUUUAACUCAAAAGUGACCACUUCCUCAAACUAACAUACAUUUGAUCUGGUACUCUUAUAUUUAAAUGUUCCGAAUUUAUUCUCCUUUCGUUACUUUUUCAGAUCAUCCCUUUAAUUGUCUGAAAACUAAUAUAUCUUGAAAUAUAUAUAUAGAUAUAUACUCAGUAUGGCUCAGGGAAAACUUAAAGUCAAAACCAAAUUACCCAAAGGAGUAAAAUCCGGUAAAAGUGAAAGGUCUUUACAGAAACAAUCCGCCAAACCACUGCGCAAAGGGACUCGUGUUAUAAAACCAAAAAAAGAAAGACUAAAAGAAGCUCAUGAAAUGAAGAAACAUAUGGAAAAAUUGUUAAAAAAAUCAGUGGAAAAACAAGCUAUUGAGAAAGUGUCGUCUUGUGAACCCCGUUCACUAAAAAUUGUGAAAGAAUAAUAAAUUAUUAAGAAUGUACAUACUC